GUGAGGAAACGUGUGUAGGAGCGCGCGCGCGCGUUUCUCCGCCAUGCGUGUGCUGCUGUUCUGCCUCCUUGUGCACGCGGGACUGGCGCGCGCCACGCACGACGGCUACGUGGAGUGGUCGGACGGCGGUGACGACGACGACGACGACGACGCGGCCGCUGCCGAAGUCGGCGCGAAGCAGCAGCAGCAGCACCGCGCGCGCGGCGCGGAGGAGCGCGCGGCCCCGGCGGGCGUCGGGGCGGAGGAUCUGCCGCGCGUGGUCUCCGCCUUCCUGCACACGGGCGACGCGUCGGCGCUCGCGCACGUCAACUGCUCGCGGCGCUACGAGCUCGGCAGCCUCGGUUCCGCUCCGCCCGCGCCUCCCGUCUCCUCCGUGCGCUCCGUCCGCGCCGCGCUGGACGCCGUGACGCGCGCCGCCGAGCUCCUGAACGCGCUGGCGCGAGAGGACAAGCGCGUCACGCAGGUGCAGGACCAGCAGGUGUGGUAUCGCGCGCUGGUUCGGACCAUGCUGGACCGCGAGCCCAGGAUCCACCGCGCCACGCUCCACACCGGGCAGGUCCACCUCCAGGCCACCAGGACGGACGGGCGCGUGGAGAUGCGAGAACUUUCUGGCGGGGAGCCCGAGUGGAACCGCCAGGUCAGGAAACGAACCCGGACGAUAACGCAGCCCCGGAGCUCCCGGAGCACGCAGGGUCACGUGCAGUGGUCUGCGCCUUAUCUGGAGUGCGAGAGUGGGCGCUUCAUCCCGCACUGGCUCCUCACGCUGUCGGCGAAGGUGCAGGGUCCGAGCGCGGACACAGAGCCAGAGAUAAGAGACGUGGUACGGGUUGAUGUCAGUCUUCAGGAUGUGGACAUUGAUCAAUGCUCCAGCACCGGCUGGUUCUCCGGCACGCACCGCUGCAACCUGACCACCAUGGAGUGUAAACACAUCCCCGGCCACGGCUUCGUGUUGGACAAGUACAAGUGCCAGUGCAGGAGGGGGUUUUACCAGCACAGCCGGGUGGCACUCAACGGCGUCUCCAAAUCAGAGCGGGAUCGUUACGUCGGAGCCGAACCGUCGGACGGCCCGGCUCGCUGCCUGCCGUGUCAGGACGGCUGCGUGUUCUGUCGGGACGACACGCCGUGUCUGGUGCAGGAGGACGGCGUCCUCCGUCUCGCCGUCGUCUCAUUCCAGGGCCUGUGUGUGCUGCUCGACUUCAUCUGCAUGACCGUGGUGUACCGCUUCCGCCGCAACAAGAGAAUCAAAGCGUCUGGGUUUGUCCUCCUGGAGACCGUCCUGUCCGGUGCCACCCUCCUCUACCUUCCUGUGAUGAUACUUUACUUCCAGCCGAGCGCGCUGCACUGCAUUCUCCUGAGAUGGGUUCGCCUCCUGGGCUUCGCUACGGUCUACGGGACGGUGAUUCUCAAACUCUUCCGGGUGUUGAAGAUGUUCCUGUCGCGUACGGCUCAGCGGAUCCCCUACAUGACCAGCUGUCGUGUUCUGCGUUUGUUGGGAGCCAUAUUGCUUGUAGUCCUCUGGUUUUUGGUGGCAUGGACCUCGGCUGUGUUCCAGAGUCGCGAUGUCCACCAUGGCUUAGUGGAAGAUGGAGUAACGCUAGAGGGUCUGCAAUUCAGCAUGUGCAAGCUCGACCGCUGGGAUUACAUGAUGGCGGUUGGCGAGCUUCUCUUCCUUCUCUGGGGCGUCUACCUGUGCUACACCGUUCGCACCGUACCCUCCGCCUUCCACGAGCCGCGCUACAUGGCAGUCGCCGUCUAUAACGAGCUCCUGAUUUCGGCCGUAUUUCACAUCAUUAGGUUCACCCUGGCACCUGGACUCCACCCAGACUGGAUGCUGAUGUUAUGUUUCGUUCAUACGCAUUUAACAGUGACGGUGACUCUGGGUCUACUGCUUAUCCCAAAGUUCGUGUUCACUGGUACGCACAGACAGGACGACAUGACCACCGAGGCCUACGAGGACGAGCUGGACAUGGGUCGGUCCGGGUCAUACCUGAACAGCAGUAUAACUUCCGCCUGGAGCGAGCACAGUUUGGACCCCGAGGACAUAAGAGAGGAGCUAAAGAAGCUCUAUGGCCAGCUAGAGAUCUAUAAGCGCAAGAAGAUGAUGGCGAAUAACCCUCAUUUCCAGAAAAAACGGAACUCCAAAAAAGGCAUUGGACGUUCGCUAAUGCGGCGCAUCACAGAAAUACCCGAGACGGUGAGCCGUCAGUACUGUCGGGAAGACAGGGAUGGAACCGAACACGGCAGCAAUCGCAGCACCCUGCGUAGAAACCCUAUUGAAUCUUCCCAUGGUGGAAAAUCCAGAGAGGACUCCCUAAAGAUUAAGGUAUUCUCUUUAAAAAGGUCCCAUAGCUACGAUCAUACUCACGACCAGACAGGGAACGCAAAUGGUGUUCCAGCUGACAAAAUGGACAACUCUACAACCGAGUUGUCUCUGCUGGACACCUUAAUGGGGAGAAGGUCUGCAAAGAAAAAUCCAGAGGCGCCAAAGGUUGAGCCUGCUGAAUCUGCAGAAUCAGUGCCACUUGUGUGCAAGUCCAUCAGCGCACACAAUCUUGCGGUAGACAAGAAGCCUUCACAUCUCAGGUCCUCCAUGAUACAGAAGUCCCUAAGUGUCAUAGCCAGUGCCAGAGAGAGAACCCUUGGGCUUGCUGGGAAGACCCAUAGUGUUGAGGAUGCUAGUAAGAAAGGACUUAAGGCAAGAGACACCAGGAUGCUUUCAGAAGUUGACGAGUCUCCUGAAGGCUUUCCAAAGAUGAUUGUCAGCCAGUCUGUCGAGUACAGCAAGACCCCAAGCAAAAUGGGCAUUAUGAAGCAACAAGUAAGCGGAAGUCAACCUUCAAUUUGCUCUGAACCUGGAAGAAGCAAGGAACUUUAUGACCUUUCAGAGGUUUGCCCCUGGGAAAUGGAAGAUUUGCCCUCUCUGUCAGAGGGAAAAGCUCAAAAGCAUGUUUCCAUUGCCCCAAGUGAGACCACAACUAUUCAUGAGAGCAGCUCUAAAAGUGGAAAGUCUCAACACAAACAAAGGAUGGUGGUUUCAUCAAACCGCCGCCGCUCCAAAGACAAGGGUGGUAACAGAGAGGAAGGAGGUGACAAAAAUGAUGGGAGGAAACCCAGAACAUCAGUUAACCUGACCUCCUACAAAGCAGAGGUCUGCCCUUGGGAAUUUGAGGAUUCGUCUUCCAAAGGAGUUGAGAGCCUUGACAGGACUAGCCGCAAGAAAAGUGUCACUCCGACAGACGGCAAGACCAAGAUCAUCCACUCAGACAUCUCCAAAUCAACCGGAAGCCUUCUGCAGCCUCCAGCCCUCAUGGUAGACAUUUGUCCAUGGGACUUUGACCAACCACCAUCUCCAAACCAGGACAAGACUUCGAGCCCUACACAUCAUUCGAAGAGAAGGGACUCUAACUCAAAAAGGAAAGGUUCUUGCUCAUCAAAAGCGAAAGGGAAGGAUAAAGACGACGACAGCCAAAGAGGCAAAAGCAGGGAGAGGCGAAGCUCUUCCAGCAAACCUUCUGAGAAACGCCGCGUCAGUGAGACGCUCGAGAGCGGCCAGGUCACCAUGAAAACAUCUGGUAGAAGGAGAAGCUCGACAAAAGAGGCUGGAAUCACUGACAGUAAAUGUGCUGAAGUAUGUGCUUGGGAAACAAAAGGGAUGCCAAGUGUCACCAUAAGAGACGGGGACAUAAAUACGCCAUCUCAGACAACGGCACCAGCUGUUAGAAAACUCAACGUGGCAGAGGUUUGUCCAUGGGAUAACGACGAGACGACAUUAGGGAACCACGCAUGACACAUGAAGUCGUGAGAGGCAAAUAUCUAACCAGUUCGGUGCAAUGAAUCUUGAGCUCUGCAGCUUGGAUUCCUCAGAUGAAAGAUGGUGAUGUGAGAACUGCCUUAUCUCACACUAAGCAUUUGGCCAGAGAAACUCCUCCAGAUUAAUUCCCACAUUUUGUUUACAUGAACCAGCUUGACCAGAAUAAAUGACCUGAGAAAAACAAAUCCUUCUUACCCUGGGACAAUGUAAUGGCUUUGAACCUACUUUACAUAAAGAGUGCUUUCACACAUGCAGUGUUUAGUCGAUUUUGGAUGUGAUGCACAAAAUGUUUUCAAGUAGUUGAUUGUUCUCUGUGCUCGGGUAACUUCUGUGAUUUCUAAAGGUUAGUUUGUGUUCUUCCUCAACUGUGUUUUUGGUUGGUGAAUGAAAGAGGUGUAUGAGACUGUGUUAUAUGAGCACUACAUGCAUCUCAGCUAACAUUUGUUGGAAACGCAAUAGAAGUAUUACAUGACACACAUAUAUGUAUAUCAAUUUCAACCAAAUAACACUAAACAUGUAUCUUCCUAUAAUGAAUUCUAAAUGAUAAGCACACUCAGAGUAAGAAAGUCAGAUAUUUCUUCAACAGGAGCGCACAACACAUUUUUCUUUUUCAGGGGAAUUGCAUGGACGAGUGGCUUGGUUGCGUUACUGUCGAUGUCCCUUUACACUCACAUGAAUACUGUAGUGUUGUGAUUUUGCAUCAGUAUUCUCUUCUGUAACAAAACACGUCGUCACUCGACUGGAUUUUUCUCUCUCUAGCCUGUGAAACAGUGUUCCAGUGGUUUCUGCAUGACCAGUAAUAAACACACUCCCUGAUUUUAUUAUUUUGUGUGUGUGU